GAGUAUUAGGACUCCUCCUUCUCUCUUUUAUCUACUUAAAAAGCACCGGUGGAAACAGCUGAGGAGUAAAAAAGAGAAGGGAUUAUACGAGUAGUGGACAACACGUUGCCUCAAGGAGUCGAGCAGCUGAUUCUAAUCACAGAGUUACGGCGUGUGUUUCCUGGCAAAAUCCACACCACAGAUUGAUCGCUCAGACGUGCAGCAAAGAUGGCCUCCGUCGCUCCGUUCAGCCGCAGACAGUGGGCGUCCCAAUCCCUCAGGGUCACCGCCAAGGAAAUGUCCAUCGUCACAGCCCGAGGGAAAAACAACGCCAUCGCUGAGCGUUUCUCCAAGUACCAGAUGGCAGCGGAGGAAGGCAACGCAGAGAAGAAGAAAGCAGUUGCGGAGCCUCUACCCACCUCGCUGCGCAGCGGGAACCUGAGUGUUUUAAAGAAACGUUGGGAACAACAACAACUCAGAGCUCCACCUAAAUCUUUCCCCAGCAGCCCAGCCUCACCUCACACCAACAUCACUCAAUCAACGGGUCCUAAAGCUACACCGCCAUCACACACCCAGAACCAUCCUGACACACUCUCUAAAGACCAGGACCCUGAGCAGGAGACACACGCUCAUUCUCAGACCAGCUCCAACCAGCUGCAGACGGAUCGGCUUGAGGACCUGAGCGACAUGGAGGAGAAGCCCAGCAGAGAUCCAGAGGAGCAGGAGGGAGCGGCGGCUGCUGAAGUACCCGACUCAGAGAAGCCCAGCGUUCCUCUGAACAGCCUCAAGAUGAUGUUUGAGAAGGGAGAGAACCUGACUGACAAGGUGUCCAGAGAGCAGAUCAAUAGAGGAAGCAGUGGAACUCCUUCCAACAUGGACCAGCUACUAGGAGAUGGAAGUCUUGCCGAGUCCACUCCUCUCCGGGACAGGAUGGCUCUCUACCAGGCCGCCAUCUCCAAACAGGAUGUCACUCCCACCGCCGUCAAUAACGAUCAGCUGGACGGAUUCUGCGGGAAGCAGAAGGAGAAUGUUCCUCCGUGCUCUCUGGACCUGAGUCUGGAUUCAGAACCAAACAGCAGGAAAGUUUUCACAGCAGAGAGCAACGGCUCUGCUUCGGGCACCCCUACAUCGUCCAAUCAGAGGGACUCCUCUCAGGCCAAGACGACCCCCAAAAGCUUCCGUCCGCCGGCGAGGGAGACGUGCGUGUCCUGUCAGAAAACGGUUUAUCCUCUGGAGAGGCUGGUGGCCAAUCAGCACGUUUACCACUCCUCCUGUUUCCGCUGCUCGCACUGCAACAACAAACUGAGUUUGGUGAACUACGCCUCUCUGCACAACAACGUGUACUGUAAACCGCACUUCUGCCAGCUCUUCAAGGCCAAAGGAAACUACGACGAGGGCUUCGGACACCGGCCCCACAAAGAGCUGUGGGAGAGCAAGGGGGACGGCGUGGAGACCUCCCCUCAGUCCAACCCCCAGACCAAGGUGAAGACCCCCGUGUCGGACCUGGAGAGCCCGAGCGUGGAGGACUCUCCGCUCGCCAAAGUCAACGUGCUGAUGGCCACGAUGGAGGCUCUGGGUCAGGGGUCAGCGGAGAAGAGCGAGAGACCUCCUGAGGCCCGCAGGCUCAAGAUCUCCUGGCCUCCUCGAGCGGAGCAGGACGAGGCGCCCAAGUCCGCAGACGGGGGGGGCUCUGCUACCAAAACCGUCCGCCCGAAGUGGCCCCCGGAGGACGAGUCCCCCUCCUCCCCCUCAGAGCCCCCCUGCCUGCGCCGCACCUCCUCCCUGAAGGAGCGCAGUAAGCCCUUCACGAUGGCGGGACAGGCCGCUCCUGCCGCCGAGGCCAGGAAACCGAGCCCGCCCCCUCCUGAGGACCCCCGUCAGCUCAGUCCUGAACCGACCUCCAUGGAGCUGCAGCACCAGUCCUCCGACAGCCAGACCCCGACCGAGGACGAGUGCGCCGACGUGCUCGCCAGCUCAGGAGACGAGGAGCAGGAGGAGGGCGAGAUGAAGAGUGAAGUGAGUCCUGAUGAGCAGCAGGUGGAGGAGGAGGAGAUGGAGGAAGACGGUGGCGACCUGGAGGAAGAGAUGGCUCCUCUGAAAGGUCAGGAGACGCCCACAGACAUCUCCUCUCCUGAAGUGGAGGUGGAGGCGAGUCGAUCCUCUCAGGACGUUGGCUUCUGGGACAGCGAGGAGGUGGAGGACAAAGAGGAGGAGCAGCAGGAGGUGCUGACGGUGGAGGAGAUGAUCAAACGGAACCGAUACUAUGAGGAGGAUGACGAGGAGGAGGAUGAGGAAGUAUGAACUGACUAAAACGUAAAACAACAGCCGCCUGCCAUGGACUAUUUAGACGACUUCACGCCAUUCCUUCUUUUCUUUUUUAGAUGUUUUCUUCUUCUCUUCUUUAAAAAAGAGUUGCUGCCGCGACUCGUCUGGACUCUAUUUGUGCCUCUUUCAACACUUUUUUAAAACCUUCGACGCCAUUCCUACAGGAUCGUUUUUACAGGAUCGUUGGAGAACGUGUAGCUUGUUUUUAAAUGUACAAUAUUUAAAAUAAUGUCCUGAUGUUGUGAUCAAUAUUUUUUAGAACAGAAAAAGCCUGUUAGCUUAAAACACACAGAGGAGCAGUUUUUUUUUUUUUUUUGUAAUUUUCUAUCGUCAUUGAACGCCUCCUAAUCUGAACCGACACUUUUGAGAAGCCGUAACCGCGGUGAUAUCGUAAACCAAAAGAUGGCAUCGUAACAGCUCGUGUAGCUCUUGUCACUGAAUGGCCUUGAAUGGAGAAUCUGAAAAUUAAAGAAGACGUGUGAAAAGGCCUCUCUGAUGUAAAAUAAGCCCAGCACUUUGAACUUUUUCCAGUCAUCAUAAUAAUAAUGGGUUAGGUUAGUUUUUGUCUGUCACUUUUCUUUACAGCUGCCAUUCUGUAUGUAUAUGUCACACUUCAUUUUACAAGAGUUCUAAACUGGAUCUGAAUAAUGUUGUACUGUUGUUUUUAAACCAUGGGACCAAAUAUCCUAGAUUGCUACUGUUUAAAUAAACUGUUGUAUACAAAAAAAAAA